AUGUUUAAUGAUAAUAUACACACACAUCACAAUUAUAAUUCACGAUUACAUCAUCGGCUGAAAAUCAUGCCAAAAUUGUAUAAUAAAACAAACUUAUCAUUUGUGUCUGGUCAUGCAUCAACAGCUGCUGCAGGUGUCUUUUUCUCUGUGAUAUAUCUCCAAGCUCGCCUGCAGUUGCCUCCAUUGCCUUUGUUUCGACCAUUCAUUCAGUAUGCACUAAUCGCUAGUUUGAUAUAUGUGUGCACUACUCGUGUAACUGAUCACUAUCAUCAUGCGACGGAUGUUUUAGCUGGAUUGAUACUGGGUUUUCUAACUUCAGUAUUUGCUGUUGCAACCGUCACCUCGGCAACCGUCCAGCCUAUAAUUUAG